UAAAUACAAGGACAUUUUUGUAAAUUCGAAAGAGAUAUCGAAUAGGUACACAAAGAAAGAAACUUUCCGCAACGCUCUCCUACUUGAAACCUACUCUUUGCUUUAUUUUAUUCGUCCUUUCUCAGUCACCUACCGGAGAGUUUAAACCACCGCCAUCAGACAUCUUCUCCAUAUAUACCGCCCUCCACUACCUCUCUCUCUCUCUCUCUCUCUCUCUCUCUCUCUCUCUCUCUGCCUAUACACAUAUAGAGAGAGAAACACAUAGUUACACGACAAUAAGAUGGGAUCUGAGUUGACAUACAGGCGGCACGAGCCUCAACCCACGUCGGAUUCUUACUCGCCGAAGCCCAACAAGCCAUGGCUCGCUGUCACUCGCCUUGUUCGUUACAUGCUCCGGGAACAACGCCUUGUGUUUGUCCUCGUCGGCAUUGCCAUAGCCACCUCCGUCUUCGCGAUCCUUCCUUCCUCCACCGAUACCUCCACAGGCCGCAUGCCCGAUGCCUACUCCGUCUCUGAAUCGGUCCAAAUGACAAACCCGAGACGACCCGUUCUUCAUGCUGGAAUCGAGUCGUUCAAUAUGGGCGGGAAGAUUCCUUUAGGGCUGAAAAGAAAGGGGUUAAGGAUUGUGGUGACUGGUGGCGCAGGUUUUGUCGGAAGUCAUCUGGUUGAUCGGUUGAUUGCGAGGGGAGAUAGCGUGAUUGUUGUUGAUAAUUUCUUCACGGGAAAUAAGGAUAACGUGAUGCAUCAUUUUGGGAACCCUCGAUUUGAGCUAAUUCGACAUGAUGUUGUUGAGCCCUUACUACUUGAAGUCGAUCAGAUCUAUCACCUUGCUUGCCCUGCUUCCCCUGUUCAUUACAAAUACAAUCCCAUCAAGACAAUCAUAUCGAACGUAGUGGGAACAUUAAACAUGCUAGGGUUAGCAAAGAGGAUCGGAGCACGCUUCUUGCUGACAAGCACCAGUGAGGUAUACGGUGAUCCUCUUCAACAUCCUCAAGUCGAAACCUACUGGGGCAACGUCAAUCCUAUCGGUGUUCGAAGCUGCUACGAUGAAGGAAAACGUACUGCAGAAACGUUGACCAUGGACUACCAUAGAGGUGCAGGCGUCGAGGUACGGAUUGCGAGGAUAUUCAAUACAUAUGGUCCUCGGAUGUGCAUCGACGAUGGACGUGUCGUUAGUAACUUUGUUGCUCAGGCACUAAGGAAAGAACCACUCACUGUUUACGGAGAUGGCAACCAAACAAGAAGUUUCCAAUAUGUUUCCGAUUUGGUUGAAGGUCUAAUACGAUUAAUGGAAGGAGAACAUGUCGGACCUUUCAAUCUUGGAAACCCCGGUGAAUUCACCAUGCUCGAACUCGCCAAGGUGGUCCAGGAGACAAUAGACUCGGAAGCGAAAAUAGAGUUCAGGCCAAACACGGAAGAUGAUCCACACAAAAGAAAGCCAGAUAUUACUAAAGCUAAAGAGCUUUUGGGAUGGAAGCCUAAGGUCUCUCUUCGCAAGGGUCUCCCUAUGAUGGUUGCUGACUUCAGGCAACGCAUUUUUGGUGAUCAAAAGUUGAAGGAACCUACAACCACCACCACCACAGCAUAGUCAAGCCAGUCGGGCUGGGUUUUUGUAUAACUGUUUAUUCCUAAUAUUGUAUACUAGUUUUAUUCUUUACUUUUUUUUUCCGAAUCAAUGAAUUUUUACCUAACUUAUA